AUGACGUGUUCUACGUUUCUGUCUUGUAACGUUACAGAGGGACAGGAGGGAGGGGAUGUUUCUGCAGAGGCAGUUGAAGGAGAGCCAGAGGUCGAGAUGUCCGUACCAGUGAAUGUGGUGGACGAACCGGAGAAGGAGCGGCUUACGGGAGAAGCCGCAGAACCUCAGGUAUGGCACGAGAUUAUUAAGAAAGUGAGAGCGAUAAGCACGCAUGUGACAGUAGAAGUAGCUAAGCACAUGCGCACAAGUGAUCCCAAGCGCGAAGCGAUCGAAACCGUAUGUAGGCAGCGGACGGAAGAGGCUGUCGAAGAGCUGAACCAGCUGCAACAGCAAGUUAGACAGGGCGCAGAGCUAGAACAGUUGCAGCCAGCGCCACGAGUUUGUCGAAUCUCUUACAGAGUUAAUCAGAGUUUCGAUGUGGUUCAGCAAGUAACAGUUGGAGAAGGGGGUAGAAUAGAUGACAUAGUGGAGAAAUGUCGUUCAGUUACAGCCCUCGAAAACCAACUUAUGAUGUUACAGGAGAAGCUGCGAUCGUACGAUGCGCAACUGGCCGAGUUGCAAGCUCUACGAAAGCGCUGUGAGAACCAGGAAAAAGAGUUGGAAAAGCUCCGCCAGCACCAGCGCAGCCCUGUGGAUAUGGAAAUCGAUGGUGAAAAGCCAGGGAAGUCAGGUAAUAAGCGUACCGUUCCUAGCUUCGGCGAAGCUAUGCAAUAUUUGAACAGAUUGCAAAGUGGACUGACACAGCCUAAAGGUUCUUCUUUGCAGACUGGUGGACAAAGGCAUGCCAGCGAGCUGGAACUGAGGUCAGUGGACGCGAACUCGAGCUGCUCACAACCUGGCGCCCCGAAGAGGGAAACAGGUAGGCUAUCUUUUUGUACAGAUAGCGAUGUGAGCGAAUGUCAAAGUAGUAGGGGUAGGAGAGAAGUGGCAAGAGAAGGUGCGAGUGCCCAAAAAGGGGACGAUCCAGUAGCCCGCUACAUGAGACAUAUGACCCUACCCGAGGUCCAGCCAUACUCAGGGCAAGACUCGAACUACGGAUUCGUGAGAUUCUUGGAGGACUUUCAGCUGAAGUACCCCAGAACAAAUUGGACAGAUGCUGAGUUGUGUACACUUUUCCGCUCCAAAUUGGUAGGAAAAGCGAGGACACUGUAUGAAGCAUUACCCAGCUAUGAAAAGGAUGGUGGAUAUGAUGCGCUGAUAGAAGCUAUGAUGCGCGAAUGUAAGGCCGAACAGCGCACGAUUAAAGUAGUGGCUUUAGGAAGGCUAAAGAGGUUGAAGAAAAGGGAUGGUCAAACUGUUUCGGAUUUCUGUGUAGAGUUAGAACAGUUGACUCGUCAGGCCUAUCCCGAACUUGAUGAAUACACGUUAGCUGUGGAGAGAGCCACAUUUGCUGUACGAUCAGCUAUCGCAUUGGCGCGAUUCGCGUUGGAAAGCGAAGAAGACACAUACGAGAAGCUCAAAGAGGUGGCCAAAAGGAUCGAACGACGUGACAUGACCCUAGAACAGGUCAAAAACCCACGUACUGGGGAAGGGAAAGCCUUCAGUAAACCACCUCGUAUUAAAGAACCUGAUCUCAAGGAUAGAAAGAAUGUGCAGGACCGGACUACUAGAGAACCUGACUUCAAAGAAAGAAGGAAUGCGCAGGACCGUACUCCUGUGUGUUACAAGUGUCGCGAAGCAGGACAUAUGGCUCGCGAUUGUAAGAAAACGAAAAUACCUUCCAAACCAGGGUCUUCUCUGUCAACCAGAGUACGUGGAGGUUGUUGUAUAACUGCGGAAGAACGUGAUACAGGAUCCUCCCAAAGGCCACAAACGGAGAAAAGCCCGUUGUUUGGUAAAAAGAUGACAGUGGAGCUAGAGCUACUAGGAAUAAAGGCUCGGGGGUUGCUCGACACUGGGUCAGAGAUAACUAUCCUGCCCGGUAAAGUGUUGUUACGGGCGAAACGAGCUGGAUUCGAUAUUGACCGAGCACUGGUGGAGCAUGAGAUUGACCAGACGAAACGGGUGUACGACGCGUCAGGUAGCGCGAUGCAGUUUGUCGCAGUUCUGGAGGUCCCCAUCCGUGACUGCUCCAGUGGACGUAAAGUUAGUGCGCUAGUUCAUGUGUCAAGGGUAAAGGAUGACAUGGUUAUCCUAGGCACUAACGUACUCCCAAUGUUCGGCUACCAGUUGACUCGGGAAGGAAGACCACUCGAUAACCCCACUAAAACGGAGACUGGUGCUUGGCUCCAAGAAGUGGUGCCGACGAUACCCAACCCUACGGUGGCGAAGGUAGCUCGGCGCGAGUACAUCGCGCCAGGAGCUAUGAGUUGGGUGCAAUUAACAGGCUGUGACAAAGAUGCAGAUUGGCUGCUAGACUCAGGUAUACAGCUGAUUCACAGUGGAGUGUGUCAUGUGAAGAAAGAUGGCCUAGUCGAAGUGCCUGUCAUAAACAGAUCGUCUGCACCCGUGGUACUCAAAGAAGGUGAAUCAGUGGGACAGUGGAAGGAAUAUCAGACCGAGUGGAUAGAAGCCAGUGCGAAAGAUAUUCCCACUGACAUGCUUACACUAGAAACAAGGAGGCUGUCGGCUCAACAGAGGUUGAUGAAGCUAAAACAGUUCCUCAAGGAAAACCGCAAAGAGCGAAAGCUACCUGCG